UGGAAACUACUUCUUAUGAGCCUUGGAAGGUAGCUUGGCCAAGUUUCAGCGGAAAUCUUCAUCUGCAUGUGAGCUACUUUACUAUCAACAGGAACAAGAAAACAGCUGAUGAAGAUAUUCACUACUGGUGGCAUGGAGAUUUUUAAUAGAUACACCAGCAUCACCAAGGCCUUUUCUCUGAUGUUUUUCACAUGCUGGAUUUUUUCAUCAACAGAAGGAGAGACUGUCUCAGCUGUGGCUGGCAUCCCAGUGAGCCUGCACUGUAUGAACACAUCAAUCAGCACCGUUAAACAACUAACAUGGGAAAUGGACAGCCUUCUGUUCAGUUUUAUCCCUGGGAAAGCCCUACACGUCACUCCUGAAGCUCGGAGCCUGAACAUUAAUAUGUCAAAAUCAGAGGGGGAGCUGUAUGCACUGAUAAUAGAGGAAGUUCAGAUAUCUCACUCUGGGAACUACACGUGUAAGACCACCACAGAUGUGGGAGUAUUGGAACAGACGUGGGAGCUGAUAAUUACAGAGUCCAAGGAAGAAAAACACUUGAACAAGCUUGUGAUAGCAGCGGCAGUCGCUGUUCCCUGUGUGUGUGUCCUGGUCUUUAUCACAACAUUAACCAUCAUAAUAAAAGCCUGCAAAAGGCAAACAGGAGGCAGUGUUUACACUUUCCCUGAAGAAAUGCAAGGGCCAAGAGAGGAAAUCUACGAAAACUGUCUGGAAAAGCGUUUCUCUAAUCAGCAACAUCAGAAUAAACCCAGGGCUCACCGACGUGGAGUGGAUCCAGAAACUUACAGGACAGGACUGUAA